UGGAUAGCAUUUCCCCUAAAUACGGCCUGGCCACGUUUGAUCCUACCCAAUCAACAAAAGCAGCUGCUCAUGAAAAUACUUACUUCAAAUUUUGGCCCUAUUAAUCUAACCGUCAUUUCCUCAGAAUCGCAAAGUUUUUUGGUUUUUUGUUUAUUUAUCGGGCAAGUAAAAUUGAUUUUGUUUGCAUCAGCAUUCAGCAGUCAGUACCCUACAAAACCAAAUAUAUGGCCCACCCCCACCCCCCAUGAAUACAUGUGUGUGUAUAUAUACGUGCAUAAGCAGCUCGGAUUGAAAUGACACCAGCUCUUGCGAUCCAGUGUUGAUGUGGUGUGCGCAUUGACUCUCUAGUACUUCUAGUCACCCUUUGCUUGUUUUGCAACGCUCCUUCGAUCGAUUUAGGCUUUUUUUUUCUCUUGGUAGUUUCAUAUCAAUCUGUUACAGUUUUAGCUGUAAAUUUGUGAAGAUGAAUGCUCUCGCCGCCACUAAUCGCAACUUCAGGCAAGCGGCGCGCAUUCUCGGUCUUGACAGUAAGAUUGAGAAGAGUCUUUUGAUCCCGUUUAGAGAGAUUAAGGUGGAGUGCACGAUUCCAAAAGAUGAUGGAACGCUGGUUUCCUACGUUGGAUUCAGAGUGCAGCAUGAUAAUUCCCGUGGGCCCAUGAAAGGAGGGAUCAGAUAUCAUCCAGAGGUUGACCCUGAUGAAGUGAAUGCUCUUGCUCAAUUGAUGACCUGGAAGACUGCUGUAGUAGAUAUUCCAUAUGGUGGUGCUAAAGGUGGAAUAGGAUGCACACCAAAAGAAUUAAGUAUUAGUGAGUUAGAACGUCUUACCCGUGUCUUCACACAGAAGAUACAUGACCUUAUUGGGGUCAAUACUGAUGUUCCAGCACCGGAUAUGGGCACUAAUGCUCAGACAAUGGCUUGGAUUUUGGAUGAGUACUCAAAAUUUCAUGGUUACUCACCUGCAGUCGUUACGGGAAAGCCAAUUGAUCUUGGUGGUUCACUGGGUAGGGAGGCAGCAACUGGGCGUGGAGUUGUAUACGCCACCGAAGCACUACUUGCUGAACAUGGAAAAUCAAUAAAGGGCUUGACUUUUGCCAUUCAGGGUUUUGGAAAUGUUGGAUCAUGGGCUGCAAGGCUCUUCCAUGAAAGAGGUGGCAAGGUUGUUGCAGUGAGUGAUAUCACUGGAGCAGUGAGGAAUCCUAAUGGUAUUGACAUACAGGCAUUGAUUCAGCAUAAAGAGACAACAGGAAAGCUAGCUGACUUCAGUGGUGCUGAUGCGAUGGAUGCAAAUGAUUUGCUAACUCAUGAAUGUGAUGUUCUCGUACCAUGUGCUCUAGGCGGAGUUUUAAACAGAGAAAACGCUGGAGAUGUUAGAGCCAAGUUCGUCAUAGAAGCUGCUAAUCAUCCAACUGAUCCAGAUGCUGAUGAGAUUCUAUCAAAGAAGGGAGUUGUAAUACUCCCCGAUAUAUAUGCAAAUGCAGGAGGAGUGACCGUUAGUUAUUUUGAGUGGGUGCAGAACAUUCAAGGAUUUAUGUGGGAAGAGGAUAAGGUGAAUCACGAACUUAAGAGAUACAUGACCAAGGCCUUCCACAAUAUCAAGGGCCUAUGCCAGUCUCACGAUUGCAACCUUCGGAUGGGUGCAUUUACGUUGGGUGUCAACCGUGUUGCUCGCGCUACUCUACUGAGGGGUUGGGAAGCAUAACAUUUCUCAGCUACUGCUUCAACGUUUGGUUAAUCUUUCUGCACUGCUGACAAGAGAACGGCCUCGAUUCAUGCUUCAUUUCUGAACUACAGUUUAAUUUGUUAUAACUUUCUCUUAUGCUGCCUUAUGAGCUGACUAUGUAGGUGAACUUGCAGAAAGAAAUAAUUUUAGUAGUUGAGAGACAUUAUCAAUUUAUUCUAUCAUGCUUUGCUGUGCAA